AUGCUCCGUCGCAUAGUAUCCUCCAAGAACAUCCCCAGCGAGUCCGACCAGUCCGACGAGCACAUGUCCCCUUCGCCAGGAGAUGCGCCUUCAUCGCCAGACUCGAGUCGCCCCGGCGGCCUGGCGAGCGUCUUCAAAGGCUUGACGGGUGCCAAGUUGACCAAAUCUCCUCCGCCGAGCCUCAAAUCUACCUCGUCGAUCCUCUCUCCCAUCGCCGACACCGUGAAUGCCACCCGCACUACCCUGACUCUGUCGCCGAACCACAUGGAGUCCUUUGAGUUGCUGAAGAGCGGGAACGGCACCGCCGCCGAUCGCGUUUCUGCCGCAAACUCCCUUCGAUAUGCCGUGUCCGAAUACCCCAUGAACCCUGUCCAGGAUAUCUGGUACGCUGCGAAGGACAUGAUCGAUGCGACAAAGACAGAUGCGGAACGUCUCGCUGGUUGGGAGCUUCUUUCAGAAUGCGUCAAACACAAGGAGGCCUCGGACCUCGAUCGCAAAGAGUACUUCCAAACUCUCACUGCACCCGCGAAUCCGGACGAUUUCCACCUACAACUGGCUGCUGUCGUGGACCUCACCAAGCAUGGGAGACAGCUGAAUGGUUUUGAUUACGAUGUGAUACCUUUACUACGAAGUUGGCUUUGCGACGCCUACAAGGCCGUCAAAGCCGCAAGGAAACAAGCUAGUCGAGAUGCGAAGAAAAACACCAAAUCCAGGGUCUCUGUGGCUGGGGAGGAAAAGAACCUGCAUCAGCUAUUCGUUUUCAUCAGCGAGGUCAUCAAGUUUGGAUCCAAUGUAGCCGAUGAGGCUGCAAUGUCCGGUUUGAUGAAGGCACUGGUCGGCAUCUGUCUCAGCACCACUAUCGAAGACGACCUACGGGCUUCAAUCAGCGUUAUUGAUACUAUUGUAACGUUCGGCACCUUGCCUGUCGAAAGCUUCAAGGAGUGUGUACUUGUGCUGGGCUCAAUAUUCUGCCUGGUACCAAGCCUAUCCAAGACCGCAUGGCACACCAUAUCCAUAUUGCUGAAAUCGCACAAUGGCCCCGCCGCAGUGAGAGUAUUAGUCGACCUGUUGCGUCAUCUCCCACCGGACGGCACCAGCAAAGGAAAGGACACCAGGGACAUCCGCGGGGUGCUCGCUGUCUUGGAGAAACUGCUCACAAAAAGCACAGAAAAGGGAUACCCGCCCGUGCCCUUUGCCCUACUCAUCGAUGGGUUGGUUGCUGCGGUCCACAGCACGGACUCGGGCCGAGUUCACUGCGCAAUUUUGAAGCUCGUCAACUCCCUGUUCCGCGACGGUGAUGGAAAGCUUCAUAAUCUGAUCAUCGAGGAAGACUGGUCGACAUUACUGGAUGUGGCCAUGGAAUGUUCAAAGAAGGCCUCACCAAACAUGGUGACCGGUAUCGGUUUAAUAGCCCCGGAGACAGAACCUGACCGACCAGACGAAGCUAUUGGCCUCGAGCUGUUGAAGCUUAUCGCGCGUCUAGAAGAGUUGGCCACUAAUAAGUCCGGCGAUUUUGUUCAGCGACAGAUAAUCAUCAGGUUCUUCACCAACAUUCAUGCCCGACUUCCAGAUUCUGCGGCACGGGUUGUUCUCACAUACUUCCAGGAAUUCCGAUGCUGCUCUCCUUCGGAUCUGCAGUGGGAAGAAAACUUAUCUCUGGUCCUGUCGGAAUUCUACGCCAAUCGGAACCGAACUUCUCAGACUCGCCUUCUAGCCCUUCAGGCUGUCACCGAGUCUUACGACAUGAUGGACCUCAUUGGAGAGGGUUUAGGCGAUGACAUUGUUCCGAAUCUGAUUAAAGACCUUCUGAGAGACAUAGCUGAUGAGACCAACCUGCUGGUUCUUGAGGCAGUCGUCUCAUUUAUGGUUUCUGUCUGUGUGUCUUCGGAUCGUGAACUUUUCGACUAUAUCACAGACACGUUGAGAACAAUUGUCAUGAACGAGCGGCUCUUAUCGCCAAUACCAUCGUCAACGACAUCGCGGCCAACAACCCCGGUCAUGGCUGAUGCAGGUCCUGUCAAGAGCCAUACAGCUUCUGGUGUUGUGACAAGGGGUUAUGUUAAGCUUUUCAUGCGAUGCAUGAACUUAGACGGCGCCAAAAGUCUCAAACUUUACGACGCACUCGUCAAUAUCGCGAAAACAAGCUCUGGCAAAACGGAUGCUCGACUGGUAGCGAUGAAGCUUUUGUUCCGUCUGAGAGCCGACUGGGCCAACAGGGUAUUCUUGAUCCAGGAUACAGAGUCAGAAGGCUUGGCGGCGACAUUGCAACACACAGGUUCGCUUCGAGGACGAAAGAAAAGUGAAGAUGCUCAACCUGCUAGAAACACGAGAGCAGACCAUGGCGCCGUAUCCCGUACUGCGAGAGGAAUUUCUUUCAGCAGCUCGUCAACGCAAGACAGGAGCUUUCCCCUGCGCUCUGUCAGCGGCGCCAAACAGACGCAUCCUUACAAGCAACUAUGGGUCCUGCCUGAUCCCGAGGCUUUGCCUGAGUCUCCAUCCGCAAUAGCAAGUCCCAUACUGGUGUCUCAUAUCGAAGAUUUGGAUACUACGGUCACUGAAGAAGGCGAGACAACUGUCGUGGAGACGAAACAAAUUGCAUUGAACAUGGAAGUCUGGCUUGACGCGAUUGUUCACAUUGUCGAGCACGGAGGCGAUUGGGAGGUCUACAGCAUGGUAUUGGUGCAUUUGCCUUCACAACUCACGAACCAUGCAAUCUUCCGGGGAGCUGUGCCGCAAAUCAAAGAGCUUCGGCGCGUGGUGUGUGAACAGAUUCGGACGAACAACUUUCAAGAGCCGCCCAAUUGUACCAGCCUGCGGCGCGCCGAUGUCGCCAUCUGCCUUUUCCACAGCCUGACCAUGAUAUUGAGCUAUCACGAGUUCUUCCUCAAGGACCAAGAGGACGAGAUCGUGCAAGCCUUUGUCAAGGGCAUAUCGACUUGGGAAAGCAAGACUCUAGUACAAAUGUUGCAGAAGAUGGCGCAAAUUAUUACCCAACCACAUGUCGCUAUGCACAUUCUGGAGUUUCUUGCAUGUCUGAGCAGAAUGCAAAAUUUGUACGUCAACUUCAGGGAAGAUGAGUAUCGCAUCGUAUUUGGUAUUUGCGUCAGAUACCUACAGUACGUUCGAGACAAGAAGCAAACGCAACGAGGCAGCCUCCAUAGCGAAGCAGCAACGCCAACCGGGACCUCAGCGCCAGACAUUUUGCAUCCAAACGCGGCAGACGACCUGCCUCAAUAUGUGUAUGCUUUGGCAUACCAUGUCAUUACUUUCUGGUUCUUGGCCCUGAAGCUCCCCGAUCGUGCUAACCACGUUGGAUGGAUUGCCAAGAACUUGCUCACAGAUGUCGACGGUGGACAAAAUCCUGAGGAACAAGCUUUGGUCACGCUUGACUUCAUGCAAAGAGUCGCUUUCGCCGACGCCGAUGAAUCUUCGGAAGAUUUACUCUUUACUAAAGAAAGAUUUGGAGAGAUUCUGAAGCGCAGAUGGCUCAUGGGUAACAGCAUCGUGACAAUUGAACAGUCAACGACCACUGGGUGGUCCCAGAUCACUAAGCGGCAACCUUCUGGGACGUCAUCUUACAUUGUCCACGAGAACUUCCGACCACGUCCGGCACACCAAGCACAGUACAUAUCCGAUGUUUCGAGAGACGGGCAAUUGACCAACAACAACAUCCUGCCUAGCCACUUAAUGGUGCAGUUGAUGACCUCAACCCCGCAGACCGCCGACGGAGCUCGCCCAAUUCCUCUUCCCGAUGAUGAAGCGGUGCAGAGAGCUAUGAGGGUGUUUGACCGCAAUUCGACUGUGGACGGACACAAGGUCGGAGUGGUUUACAUUGGCGAAGGUCAGACGGAAGAAGCCGAGAUUCUUGCCAACGUCUCAGGUAGUAGCGACUACGUGACGUUCCUCAACGGCUUGGGCACUCUCACAAAACUGAAGGGUUCCAAGUUCAAUUCACAGGGCCUGGAUAGGGAGUACGACACCGACGGCGAGUACACAUUUUGCUGGCGCGACAAGGUUACAGAAAUGGUCUUCCACGUCACUACGCAAAUGCCUACGAACCUUGAGCGAGACCCAAUCUGUAUUAACAAAAAGCGACACAUCGGCAACGACUUCGUCAAUAUCAUUUUCAACGAUUCCGGAACGCCCUUCAAGUUCGAUACUUUUCCUAGCGAAUUCAACUAUGUCAAUAUUGUCAUCACUCCAGAAUCGAGAGCAGGAUUCCUCGCCAUGCGAGAAAACCCACCAAGCGAAAAGCACCCGCCGUUCUAUAAGGUGCAGGUCAUGAGCAAGCCUGGUUUUCCUGAAAUCUCACCAGCGUCUGAGACGAAGAUGGUCAGUCUGAGAGCGCUUCCAGGUUUCAUCCGCUUGCUAGCGCUCAACGCUUCCGUUUUCUGUCUGGUUUGGGCAAACCGCGAAGUCGGCGAGCAUAUCAGUUCUUGGCGUAACCGACUCAGGGAGAUCAAGCGCCUUCGUGAGAAAUUUGGCCCUAAGAAUGCGCCAAACACACACGCUCCACUCAACCACAUCAACAGUGCCUUGACACCAUCACCGCCGCCCACCUCACUGGGCGGCGCUGUCGUCGGCCCCAACCCAGUGGGACCGGAUGCCAAAUCAGCUAGCGUGCGCGACAGCUUCAGCAGCCUCCGUCGAUCCUCCGUCGCCACCUUCUUCACGAGCACGAGCGAACAAACGAGCCACCGCAGCUCAAUGCUCUCCACCACAACCAACGAUACCGAGAUUGUUACAGCCAACGGACUCGACUCUCUCGUAGAGUCGGUAGACUUUUCUAAAUGGGCGUAA